CAUAGUUUAUUAAAUCAAUGCAUAGGAACGCACCGCAUUUAACGUUCAGUAACGUUAACGGCGUUGUAACGACGGGAAAAGUAAUUAGUUAGAUUACCGCGUUACUGAAAAAAUAACGUCGCUACCUAACGCCGUUCUUUUAAACGCCGUUAUUCCAAACACUGGUAACAGCUACAAUAGAAGAAAGGAGUGAAGCUGGAGAGAGGAGCUACCAGAGAAACACAAUAACUUUCUCACACAACAACAGACAUGUUAAUGCUAAUGUUAACGGAUAAAGAGUAACAGCUACUAUAGAGGAAAGGAGUGAAGCUGGAGAGAGGAGCUACCAGAGAAACACACUAACCUCCUCACACAACAACAGACAAGUUAAUGCUAAUGCUAACAGACAAAGAGUAACAGUUAUUAUAGAAGAAAGGAGUGAAGCUGGAGAGAGAUUAGAGGCUGCCAGACAGAUUGGAAACAUGCUGCUGAUCAAAGUUAGUUAUCAGAACUGCAAGAAAUUUAUCAGGCUUCAGGAUGGAUUCAUUUUUGAAGACUUUGUUGAUGAAGUCCACUAUAGGUUUGGCUUACCACCUGAGACAAGUUUUCAUAUUUAUGAUGACACUGAAACUGAGAUAGAUGAGGACAUUUUACAAGAUGUGCUCAAUGCGAGACCUGAUACAUCGCUCAUUAUUGUUAAAAGAGAGAAUGAAGAAAUGUUUUCAGAUGCAACAAGCAGCUCUUGGACUGACAUUUUGUCACUUAAUCAUUCAUCAUAUGAACUUGACCAAAUGACAGAACACGUUUACAAGAAAUCUAAGACAAAUGAUGCAGAAGCUGAGGCAAAAGAGAUGGUCCGUAGUGCCCUAAAGCAGACAAGUGGCGGAGAUGCUGUCCUUGCUGAAUACAGUUCCAAAAAUACACUUUCAAGUGAAAUGAGACGACUCCUAGUCAACAUUUUGGUUGGACAUAUGGUGGAAAUGCAUGGGAGAAUUCCUUCAAGAAACCAGAAGGAGAAGUAUGCUCUAGGUGUUGUGACACUUUUUCCAUCACUUAAGGAUCCAUUUUCAAAAAAAGGCCAUGAACAUUUUUAUGAUGCAGACAGUGGGACUGGAUACAUUGCAUGGCGACUUAAGACUGUUCAGAGGAACGCCAAGAAGCGCAAUAAGCCUAGCAUCUCCAAAAGAAGUGAGACUGUUUUGAGUGGACCUUCUAGGAACAGAUGUUCCAGCUCUGAGAAGCAGGAUGAGGAUACUUUAAGAGAGGCAAUUGCCUUUCUUACCCAUUCCACAAAUGAAUCACAAAUCAUACUCAAAAUGAGGGAGACUUUUCACUAUAGGCAUAGGCUUGUUCAUGACCCAAACAAGACGGCAGACGUUCUGAAGACCUUUCCUUCAUUUCUAAACACAAAGGGACUUGUGAAUCAAGACUUCUCACUACUCUUCAGUCCUGAAACAUCGUCAAAGUUGCUUGAAAUGUGGGAUACCACUUUUAAGCCAAAAAUCAUUGAAGAAGCCAUUGGCUUAACUUCAACUGCUGUUGUGCGCUCACUUCUUCUGUCAGCAAAUAACCAGCGAGAUAGUGAACAUUGUCCUGAUUGGGACAGUGACAUGGCAACAUUGCUUUUGCUGCUCCAUCUACUUCCACCAACACCUGGAAAGAAGGUCUCAAAAAUCAGUGCAUCAGAUGCCAUAAACAGGCUUGUGGUUUAUCAGAAGUCUCGUACCAGCCUUGAACAACAUCUUCAGCAACGAGAAGGAAGACACCCAUACCUCCUUGCUGUUGGCAGGAACCGCAACCAGAUUGAGCAAUUCUACAUAGCUCUCGAUAAGAAUCUCAUACCCUGUCAGACGAAUACUUCUCUUGGUGCAUUUGAUGAGCUAUUUAAAGCACACUUUGUUUUUAAUUUAGCGUAUGAUGAGGCACUCCUUCAUUUUUACACUUUCAUUCAGACAACAAUCUACAUGGUUGAUGUAGGGAAAACCAAGGAGUCACCAAGAGUUAAGGAGCUGAGAGCAAAAUUACUGAAUUAACCAUAUAUGUUUUAAAUGCUAAAUAAUAUUUUGUGACUCGGUAGCAACAGUUUGGGUCUGAAUUAUAAUCAAACUUUCUGUCUUGUUAAGAAUACCCUGUUAUUUUUUGGUGAUGUGGUGCCACAAGACAACAGAAACUGGAAUUUGUUGCGAAAAAUCAACGUUGUCUUUUCUCCAGGGAUCUCUGAUGGACUGUAUCUCUUAGAUAUAAGAGCACCACCAGCUUUUUUUUAUUUUUAUUUUGUACACCAAUCAACAUGAAAAAACCUUAACACCAUUUCAUGGUCCAAAACAAAAGUUUUUUUUAAAUGUUAAUGAGUCAAACUGACAGAGUGGACAUUGGAUGUUUUCUAGAAGUUUGGUAAUUUUACCAAGUUUCUUGCCAAGAAACAUCCAAUGUCCACUGUAUGUCAGUUUGACUCAUUAACAAAUAACACAAAGAAUAUGGGCCAAUGUGUUUAAUACUGAAAAUCAAGAUGGUGGUAAAAAAUUGUGAUCACUUAAAAUUCCUGUGCAUACAAAUAUAUGUUCCAUUAAUUAGGUUAGAAUUGUUUCCGUUGAAUACAAAGUUGGGCUAAUUGUAUAUAAUGAGUAAAAGAAUGACAUUUC